AGAGAAGGAAGGUGGAAGAAGAGGAGGUGUGCAUUGUGCAAGACCAUAAUUCACCCGCACGCAUGGCCAAUUCUUUAUAUAUUAUUAUUAUAAAACACUCUCUCGCUUUCCAAUACCAUUGUUCAGUUUUACACGAAGACGUAGUACAAAACACACACAUGACACACGAGAGAAAAGAAAAAAACAACAUUACAUAUUUAUAAACAAAUUCAUACUGUUUUUUUUUUCUGUCACUCUCACUUCACUUCUUCUGUUUAUAUAAUUUUUUUCUUUCACAUGAACAAAGAUCUACUUGCAAUUCCAUUAAUCUCUUUUUGCAGCUUUUGACGUUCUCAAACCCAACACUACAGCUCUCUGUUUUUUUUUCUUUCUUUUUCCUCUCCUUAUAAUAAAUCUGUUCUCUCUGAUCUGUGACUUGACUAGACUGAAGUACUAGAGUGAGAAGUAAUCUAUUCUGAGUAUGGAUAAGUGGGAGAAAGAAACUAACCCACGAAGGAGAAGAACUCCAUCUUUCUCUUCCUCUCUUCUUGACGUUAUCUACCGUUCGAUUGACGAAUCCAAGGGUGGUGAUCAUCACCAACAAGAGGAAGACCAAGCUACAACUACUACUAGAGUAGCUGUGAAGAAAAAGCAGAAAGAAGAGAAAGAGAGAACCAAUCUACGCCGAGCUAUUAUGAUAGAGAGUUGGAUCGAGAAACAGAGCGUUCAAAGUUCUACUCUUUCAACUUCAGCUUCAACCUCUUCGGCUGAUUCAAGCUCAGGUGCUCUGUGGUCUUCCUCCGAAACAGAGUCAACCCGAAAAUACAGAUCCAAAACGAAGCCGUUUCGAGCCACUACUACUGAUACUACUGGGGUAUCAUCGUAUUCAUCGUUCUCUUCUGAGCAGUCAAAGAAAAAGAUCACAUCUACCCAGUUUGAGCAGAAGAUGAUGAAGAAGACUCCGAAACCGGAACAGAGCGGUGGGUUUUCGAAGACGAAGCUCAAGGCUUUGAAAAUCUAUGGAGAAUUAAAAAAAGUGAAGCAACCCAUUUCGCCUGGGGGUCGUAUAGCCACCUUUAUUAACUCUAUUUUCAAUUCGGGCAACGUUAAAAAGGCCAAAAUGUGUUAUGUUGGAGCGGUUGAGGAUGUGACUUCGGAGAAUAUUUCUAAGUCGGGUUGUUCCACUGCUUCCACUUUCUCUAGGUCUUGUCUGAGCAAAACGACGACGUCUUCUAGAGCCAAACACACUCUAAAUGGUGGCGCUACCAAAAGGUCCGUAAGGUUUUAUCCCGUUAAUGUGAUUCUAGGCGAAGAUAAAUGUGCUUAUGAACAGGACCCAAGUUUAAUGCCAUUGUCAGCCAUUAGAGGCUUUGUUAGAAGCUCAUCGUUGAAAGAAGAAGAGCCCAGAAAAGAUAAUAAUAAGAAGAGUGUUGAAAGAGAAACUCGAAGUUUCCUUAGAGGUUUCUGUGAUGUUAAUGGUGAAGCUGAUGAUGAAGAAGAAGAAGAUGAUGAUGAUGAUGAUGGUGAGAGCUAUUCGAGUUCUGAUCUCUUUGAGCUAGAUCACCUUGUUGGGAUUGGAAGAUACAGAGAAGAACUUCCUGUUUAUGAAACUACAAAUCUCAAAACUAAUCAAGCCAUUGCAAAUGGUUUGAUAUUGUAAUUUUAUUAUUGUUUAUUUUUAAUUUUCAAAACCCAAAAAAGGGAAGUUAAAAAAAUGUCAGUGUAAGUUGAUGGUUUAGUUUUUGGGGAUUGAAUUCAUGAACAAGUUAUAGUAUUUUUUUAACU